GUGCCAAUGCGCUGAUACGCGGCCCCGAAAAACAACGCGGCUCAGGCGACCACCACGGGGCAUUGCCAUGUAAACGAGAGCAAGUGCUCUUCUGAAUAAGCUAUGCUGCGCCCAGCCUGAUCGUAGACUGGGUUGCAUGUGCGAUAGAAUGAUGUACCGGCUAGAACCGCGUGUGGGUUCGCCAUGGGCGAUCUCCUGCCAGGAUCAAUCGUGAAGUCGCGGGGCGGUACGUCAUCGACCCGAGCUAGCGACCGCAAACACUCAAAAACAGCGGCGCCCUCAGAUCGCCAGCCCUCCCCCUAUCACGAGAAAUCCUGCCUCGCACACAGUCUUGAACAAUUACACGUCUUACAGACCGCAAACCGCAAACCAUCACACUCAUCUUCCGUCACAUCCGCCCACCAUGCAUCGCACAUACAGUAUGCGCCAGUCUCGCGCGCCCACGGCGUCGCAGAUUCAGAACCCCCCUCCUCCGUCGUCCUCAACCAAAAGCGGGCGCUUCUUUGGCAAGGCCAACAUCGGCCAUACCUUCCGCCAUAAGUCCGCCGGCGCGUUCGGACCUGAUCUGGCGAAGAAGCUCUCCCAGUUGGUCAAGAUGGAGAAGAACGUCAUGCGCAGCAUGGAACUUGUUUCCAGGGAGCGCAUGGAGGUCGCUCAACAACUCUCCAUCUGGGGAGAGGCAUGCGACGACGACGUCUCUGAUGUCACAGACAAGCUCGGUGUUUUGAUCUACGAGAUUGGUGAGCUCGAGGACCAGUAUGUCGACCGCUACGACCAGUACCGUGUCACCAUCAAGAGCAUCCGUAACAUCGAGGCUUCCGUCCAGCCCAGCCGUGACCGCAAGCAGAAGAUCACCGACCAGAUUGCUCAGCUGAAGUACAAGGAGCCCAACUCUCCCAAGAUUGUCGUUCUUGAGCAGGAGCUUGUUCGUGCUGAGGCCGAGUCCCUCGUUGCUGAGGCCCAGCUGUCCAACAUCACCCGCGAGAAGCUCAAGGCUGCUUUCACCUACCAAUUUGAUGCCAUGCGCGAGCACUGCGAGAAGCUUGCCAUCAUCGCCGGUUACGGAAAGCAUCUCCUUGAGCUCAUCGACGACACUCCUGUCACCCCUGGUGAGACCCGCCAGGCGUAUGAUGGUUACGAGACGUCCAAGGCUAUCAUCCAGGACUGCGAAGACUCUCUCACCAACUGGGUCGAACAGAACGCCUCCGUAUCUUCCAAGCUCUCUACCCGCUCCCGCACCCUGUCCCAGCGCCGCCGCAACCGCCAGCAUACUGGUGAGGCUGUCGAUCUGUCUGGUCAAGAUCAGCCCCUCGACAGCCGCGAGUCCGGCCUGUGGAUUCCCGCAUCCGAACACCGAGGUAACGGCUACGAUGACGAGGAGGUUGAUGAGGCUGGUUCCACCAUCGCCAGCGAACACCGUGGCCGCGAGGAGGAGAGGAUCGUCGCGUAAACAGUGUGCUAACGGUCUGCUCAGUAGCGUUCCGCUCACCGUCUUCUAAUAGUGCGUCUUUGCUUUCACGGCAACAGGCGAUGUAUACCCCUGACGGUGCGGUUGAUGUUCCUGCGGAUGUACCUUUGGGACGUUGGAGCAAUAUGGGCUUGGCCAUGUGAAAUCGCUUGGAUGUUCGAAGAUUUUACGAGUAAUAACCUAGUGUUGAAUUGAUGUAAUCUUGUAAUUAAAGCCGACAUUCCGUUGUCUCUGCAA